AAACAAACAACUGAUGUAUAAAUUAUUGACAGAUAAAAUAGUUAUAUUGAAUGUUUUCAAUGUUGUAUGUUUAAUAAAAUAAUAUUUAUUUUAAUUUAUUUAUCUACAUAAUUAUGUAAACAACUAAAUGAAUCUAGUUGAUAAUAAGCCUGGAUAUACCAGGAGUGUGGAACCGCCACUAUUUUUUAUUAUGAUGCGGUUCAAUCUAAAAGUAACUUUAUUAUUUCUUUUCGUCAUCGGUAUUCUAACAAUCCUAACAUUAUAUUCCUUUUGUGGAAGUAGGGUUAAAGAAUGGGGUAAUAUUAAUUCUAAAUCAUUGGACGUUCUUACAACCGAAGAAAUAGAUUGCGAAAUAAACGGCGACUAUAUAAUAGGUUGUCGAAAAGAAGGAGACGACGUUUAUCUUCCAUUUUCAUUUCUACAUCGUUAUUUCGAAGUAUAUGGUAAAUUAGCUACAUACGAUGGAGUUGAAAGAUUCGAAUGGUCUCAUAGUUAUAGUAAAGUAUAUCGUCCUAAAUCAAAAUACGAUCCGAAGGGUGUGUUUAUGUAUUUCGAAAAUUAUAAUGUGGAAGUGAGAGAUAGAGUUAAAUGUGUUAGUGCUAUUGAAGGAGUACCAGUUUCUACACAAUGGGAAAGUCAAGGUUAUUAUUACCCAACGCAAAUAGCACAAUUUGGGUUAUCGCAUUUUAGUAAAAAUUUAACUGAACCGGAACCUAGAAGAAAGAUGAUUGAUGAUAGUGAUAGAGAUUUAGGUAAAUGGAUAAUACCGUCGACGGCAAAAUUUGAAAGAAUUAUCGAUAAUAAUUUUAAUAGUAAAAUAUUGAAAUUUAUAACUAGCGAUAGUUACGAGGAAGGUAUUCGAUUAAAAAUGGAUCACGUUUUAUAUUUCGUCAUGAGUUUAGAUUUAAUUUUAAGCGGUAACAGUAGCGUAACUAUAACUUUACAAAACAGGGAAACUAAACAGAUUUAUUUUUUACAUUAUAUAACUUCGGACGUAUGGAUAACUUCACAGGAUAAUAAUAUUUAUCACGGUAUAGGAACAAAAAGAACGUGGAAAAAACUCACUAGAGACCUCAUUGUCGAUCUACAUAAAGGUAUAAGUUUUUUCGAUAAAGAUAAAUCAAAAAUAAAAUUAUCGAGAUCGAAAAUGAGGUUAACAGAAAUAACUUUAAGAGGUUCCGGAUGUAUAGAUAACCUCACUUUAUCCUCUUCGGAACAUAUACAACAAUUCUACGACACUGCUGAAUGGUUCGUCAAACAUCAAGACAAACAAACUGGUGGUUGGCCUAUACCAGUUAAAAGAAAACUCGCCCCCGGUUUCCAAGAUUUACAACCCGGUUGGUAUUCGUCGAUGAGCCAAGGACAUGCUAUAUCGGUUUUAUCUAGGGCAUAUUACCAUUCUGGUGGUGAUAUCCGUUAUCUAACUGCUGCUUUACUGGGUUUGAAACCCUUUAAAGUAUCGAGUGAUUUAGGUGGUGUUAGGGCUAGUUUUCUCGAUAAGUACCCGUGGUACGAGGAGUAUCCCACUCAACCGGCGUCUUUCGUUCUUAAUGGUUUUAUUUAUUCCUUGUUGGGGUUGUAUGAUUUGAUGAGUAUCGCUCCUUUGGAGGACGGUAGGGAAGCAGAGGUGUUGUUUAAUGACGGUAUGGUGUCUUUGAGGCGUAUGAUUAGUUUGUUCGAUAUGGGUAGCGUGACUUCGUAUGAUUUGCGUCAUUUUACUAUAAGCACGGCGCCGAAUUUGGCUCGAUGGGAUUAUCACGCCACCCACGUUAAUCAGCUGUUGUUGUUGAGUACCAUCGAUGGUGAUUCUUCAUCUUCUUUGUUUAAAGUUACUGCCGAAAGGUGGAUCGGGUAUAUGAAUGGGAAAAGGGCCGAUCACAAUUAAAAAAAAUUUACUUCGAUAUAUACGGGGUGAAACAAACAAAUCAGAACGUAAAUGAAAUGCCCCUUUUUUUGGUAAUCGACGAGCUAAAACUGUAAUUGAGAAAAGUUGUACGUGAAUGUAUGUUAGGUGGACAAGCAAAUGAUUCAAAAUCAUAAUUUCUCUAUUUUUUCAAGUUUUUGUUGGUUCACAAGUCGGAAUAUACUGGCUGAGCCAAAAAAGGAAUCAAAAUCGUAAUUUUCUUCCUUAUUUGAUGUUUUGGUUGACCUAUACGUCAAUACACAACAGAUGAACCAAAAAAAUUGAUCAAAACGAUGAUUUUUUUCAUAUUUUAUUGGUUCGUAAGUCGAUAUAUACCGGGUGAACCAAGAAAAUAAAACGAAAUUAUUAUUUUACUUCAAUUUUCAUAUUUUUAUUGGCUCGUAUAUCUAUAUAUACUAGGUGAACAAAAAAAUUGAUCAAGAUUAUAAUUUUGUUUUUUUGGAUGUAUUUGUUGACUCGUACAUCAAUAUAUACUUGGUUAACCAAAAAAAAUUAUCAAAAUUACGAUUUUUUUUCUUUUUCCAUGUUUUUGUUAACUUGUAUUUCAAUAUAUACUAGGUGAACCAAAAAAUAUGAUCAAAAUUAUGAUUUUUCUACUUUUUUAACGUUUCUGUUGAGUCGUACGAGAAUUUAUAUAGGAUGAACCACAAAAAUGGAUCAAAAUGAUAAUUUAUUUGUUUUGUUGUUUCUAUUAACUCAUAAGUCGCUAUAUACUGGAUGAAACAAAAAAAAUGUAAAUCCCAUUUUAUUUCUUGAUGUUUUUAUUAAAUUACACGUCGAUAAAUACCGCGUGAGCAAAAAAAUGAACAAAAUUAUAAUUUUCCUUUUUUACGUUAAUCUUGAUUCGAACGUCGAUAUAAAAAGCAUGAACCAACAAAAUGUAUCAAAAAUACAAAAAACAGUAAUUGGUUGGUUUUUCUGGUAUUAUUGUACACUGGGUGAACACAAAAAUCAAUCAAAAUUACAUUUUUUUGUUUUUUAUGAUAUACUGACAUAUAAAUUAUAAUCACAAAGUUUCCCUGAUGAUUUGUACGUUAGAAUAUACAGGGUGAACAAAAAAUAUUGAUCAAAAUAACAAUUUUCUUGUUUUGGGUGAUCGACCCGGGAUCAUUUGUGGUUGGGGGGUAAAUUUUACUCCGAUAUAUACUGGGUGAACCGAAAAAACGAAUAUUGGUUAAGAACCCACAUAUUUUUACUGAAUCAUAUAAACGACUGCACAUUAAAAAUAUUAUUAGUAAAAAUAUAUUUUUCAAACAAAAUUUAAAAUCUGUCAACAUCUUAUAUUGUUAUUCAUUCAAAUUUGUAGAAUUUGGCAACGUUGAAAAUAAUUAUUCACGCCAUUUUUUUUGUCUUUAUAUAGUUCUUGAAUGCCAAAAAUACUUGAAACAUUCCAUUAAAAUGAUAGAAAAAUCGAUAAUUUCGAAAUCUAAAACGAAAUUUGAUAUAUUCGGGUUAAUUUUAUCCAUUUAUGAAACCGAUAAAAUAAAAAAACUUGAUUGCGAGGGUGAUACAAAUAAUGUGCAGUCAAAAUGAGUUUUCCAAAAAAAGCACAGUUUUUAAGAAAAAAACCGGACCAAACGAUACGAAUAGUAGCAAUUACAAUAAUCGAAUAGUCAAUAAGGGUAAGUAGAAAAGUCCUUACCCUCAAAUUUAUCCUGAGUAGUGUAAUAAAUGUUAGAAAAAAAAUUGUUUUGUUAUUUGUAUAAUUGUUGAUUUGUUAUAAAGCACUUUUCCAUUAUUAAAAUGAAAUAUAACGAUCUUGUAAUCGAUUUUUCAGUUAUCGAUACAUACGAUAUGUCAAAUGUCAACUGAAAUCAAGUACUAAUUAAAUUGUGAUUGGUCCAGUUGUGGAUGUAUAAUUACUUAACGUUGACCAUUUGCUCUUCUUUUUUGUACAAAGUCAAAUAUGAUCUUGAUUACAAGAUUUUCAUUUUAAUAUUUGUUUAUGUUGAAUAAAGAAUCCGAUUGGGUUUUUGAAAUGCUAUGAAUGUAAGUGCAAUAAUUUAUUCCUAUUUUUUUUUAACGAUUUUAAUUUUAUUUUUUUUUUAUAAAUUGUACAUAUUUUAUAUAUAUCGUUAACAAUCAUAGUGUAGGGAUGUUUAAUAAAAUAUUUUUAUGUACGGAAGUAAAACUAACCUAAAAAAAAUACGUUUUUCGUUAGAAAUAAAACAGUUUCGUUAACAAAUUGUAUAUAUGAAGACGAAAAGUUACAUUCACGACUCUCGGAAUAUUAGUUUUGUUUAAAAAAAAAUGUUAUAUAUCACAAAUUUUUUAGGUUAAUUUUUCUUCUUGGACGUGUAUAAUCCGUAGAUAGAACGCCAUCUAUCCAUCUCAAGAGCUUAUUAGAGUAAAAAAGACUAGAACAUUUGUAUAUUUCUUCCAAACUAAUCGUAAUUGUUAAUUAACGAGUCAUAUUCUUUUUCAUUUGAGAUAAUUGAUCCAAAUAAUAAUAAUUCCAUUUUUUAUAGAUGAUUUUUCAAAUUAUUUUUUCAUAAAAUUGAAUUUUUUAAUAACCUGAUUCAUCGUUUAUGAACCACGUGAUCAAAUUGAAAAAAAUUACAUUUGACGUUGAAAUAUGAACGAGAGAAGAAGACAAAUACGUUACCGGUACCACAGAACUAAACUAACUAUAAGUUUAUAGUAUUUAGUACCAAUUUUGAAACAAAAAAUAACUAAAUUCGAAGUGAUCUACGAUCCUUGAUGAAUGAAAUAAAAGAAACUGAAACAAAUCAUACGUUUUCUAAUAGUUUCGCCUAAUUAUUUCAUCAUCAGAGUAAGUAUGAUGGGUUUUAAUCAAAAAAUAUAAAACCAGAGCGACAUUUAGGGUCUAAAUUACCUUAUCAAUUGUUUAAAAGUCUGUUUAGGACGUUUUUACGAGUUAAAUAUCAUAUUUUGAGUACAUAUAUCGUAGUUUUUCAAUUGAAUGUAAAAAUUCUAUAUUUUCAUUCAAUUUCCCGACGUACAACCAGAGAAUACUAAUCAAAUCGAAUUUAUAAGUUUUUUUGUUACGCCACUGGUAAAUACAGUAACAUACAAAACUACGAUGAAAUUAGUUCUGUUUAACAUUUAGAAACGUAUCCCAUAACAUUUGUUCGAGACAGAAGACAACAUAACAAUCCACAGUCUUUCAAAUAUCAGCUCAUUAGCAUUUUAUAAAUAAUUUUCUAUUUUAUUAGAUUUUACUUGAUGUUUUUAUGAUUUAAAUAUCAUAUUUUAAGCACAUAUAUCGUAGAUUUCAAUUGAAUGUAAAAAAUACUAUAUUUUCGUUCAAUUUUCCGACUUGCCCAGAGAAUACUAAUCAAAUCUGUUUUUUUGUAAAAAAAAUUGUUACGCCACUGGUAAACACAACAUACAUAACUACUAUGAAGUUAGUUCUGCUUAACCUGUAGUAACGUAAAAGAAGAUAUCCCAUAAUCUGUUUUCGACAUAGAAGAAGAGAACAUGUAGUUGUCAAUAAUAAACGUAAAAGAUAUUCGGCAACAAAUGUUUAAAUGAAAAAAAGUUGUUUGCUGUUUUCUUAUAAAUUAUCUUGUAAAUAUUUUGUGUUAUUUUUUGUGAAAAGUUAUUAAUAAAGUUUAUUAAAUUUUAUAUUAAUGAAUAUAACUUACUUUCGCGGUUUAUAGUGUCAUUAUAUAUUGUAAUCUCAAAACAAUUUUAGUUUGGAAACGAAUUAAUAUUAAAAAGUUUUGUUUAAUUUUUAAAUAAUGUACUUGCAGGUAAUAUAAUUUGAUAAGAUUCUUCACUUUAAGUUAUUUAAUUGUGUGUGAUAUUUUUAUAAAAGCAGGGCUGGACUGAUUAGAUUUAUAUUUCCAGUAUGAAAUAGUUCUUUUAAAUUAAAGUCACUUAAAGUGUACUUAAAUGUUUACGUAUUACAAUUUUGUGAUUUUAAACUUUUUAGAUUAGUAAACUUGGAAAAAAUUGAGUUGAAAUACUAAAAUUUCGAAAAAAUUGAAGUGACUGUGACAAUAAUAUUAGGAAAAUAUAUUCUAACUUGAAAAAA